CUACAACCCGGAAGUAUAACUAUAGCGAUGUUGCCUGUGACUUGAGCAGUAGCUACAAGCCUGAAUGCGUUCGGCUCGAGAACGAGCAGGGGAGCAAGCCGUAUAAGUAAAUUAAGCCGUGUUUAUGUAUUUAACUCAUCAUGUAUCUGACUUUGAAAGAAAGCGGGCAGGCUGUUCCAGUUUAGCUACAGCUAGGUAGCACGCAGAACGAACCCCGCGUUUUGCUCUACUGAAGCAGGCGCACUGACUGACUGACUGACUAACUCUGACAAACUAUCAUGAUCAUGCACUCCCUGCUGCUUUGCGUGUUCGCCGUGCUGUUGUCCUUCGGGUUCGUGAGUCGCGUGUGUUCCUGCAAACAUGAUAAUUCUCGCGGGGAGCCCGAGACCCCGGACUGGAGGAUGACCCUGAAGACCAUCCGGAACGGGGUCCACAAAAUAGACACGUACCUGAACGCAGCGCUCGACCUGUUCGGGGGAGAGGACGGCCUGUGCCAUUAUCGUUGCAGCGACGGUUAUAAGCCUAUACCUCGACCUAGAUAUAAACCACCACCUCCUAAUGGUUGCGGAUCUCCUCUGUUUGGGGUUCAGUUCGACAUUGGCAUCCCUUCAAUGACCAAGUGUUGUAAUCAGCAUGACCGCUGCUAUGACACUUGUGGCAGUGACAAGCACGACUGCGAUGAGGAAUUUCAGGUUUGUUUGGAAACCAUCUGCAGGAAUGUGCAGCGGACAUUGGGCUUGUCUCAAAGUGUGCAAGCCUGUGAGUCGGCCGUGAGGCUUCUGUUUGAUGCUGUCAUGCACUUGGGAUGUAAGCCUUUCCUGGACAGCCAGCGGGCUUCUUGCAUGUGCAGGUAUGAAGACAAGGUAGAGCUGUAAGAGGAGCUCUCUGUGUGGGCUGGCUCAGUGGUGGACAUCAAACCUUUUCUUCACGGGAACGUGCCUCAGAACUCACACUAGCAAAGCUGUCAGUCCUGACUUUUAACAGUGAGUGUGUGACCAUUUAUUACACACUCAAAUAUUCAUCAGUAUGAGUUUUCCUAACAUCAUUGAUUUCUGCCUGGGUGUACAUGUUUGUUUACCAGGUUUGUUGU